CCAGCACUACCCUGUUAGUGUGCUUGGCAGCGUGAAGCUGGGGCCUCCUCCUCAGAAACUCCCGGGCAUAUCAAGGACCUUUCAAGCCCUAUGUCGCUGGCCUCCCCAAACCCAAGACAUGGCAAAUGGGGCACAGGCCAACCCCAAAGGGUUCAGGAGGAAGGUGCUGGCUAAACACCCCACUGGAUGGAAGAGCCCAAGCCUCAGGGCCUCCUCUUCCAGAACCUCCAGGUCCAGCCUGGGUAUGAAGAAAUUCUUUGCCAUUGCAGUCCUGGCCGGCAGUGUUGUAUCCACCGCCCACAGCAGCCUGCUGAACCUGAAGUUCAUGGUGGAGGCCAUCACACACAAAAAUGCCAUCCUGUCCUUUGUGGGCUACGGCUGCUACUGCGGGCUCGGGGGGCGAGGCAAGCCCAUGGAUGAAGUGGACUGGUGCUGUCAUGCCCAUGACUGCUGCUACCAGAAGGUCUUUGACCAGGGUUGCCGCCCCUACGUGGACCACUACGACCACAGGAUCGAGAACGACACCGUGAUUGUCUGCAGUGAACUCAAUGAGACGGAGUGUGACAAGCAGACGUGCGAGUGUGACAAGAACUUGACUCUGUGCCUCAAGGAUCAGCCAUACAGGGAAAAGCACCGAGGCUACCUCAAUGUCUACUGCCAGGGUCCCACACCCAAUUGCAGCAUCUAUGACCCCUACCCAGAGGAAGUCACCUGUGGACAGGGCUUCCCAGCGACCCCUGUCUCAACCUAGCCCGACUAAGCCCUGUGUCUCUUCAGGUGUACCUCCCCCUGCCCCCUGCCUCACCUGCCGUCUCAGGGUCAGCAGUGUCUAGCCCUGCCUCAUGCCUGUCUUCUGCCUUCUUCGUGCUAACUCUGAGGACCCAGGGAUGCAAGCCCCAACUGGACACUCAGAACACUCACCAGGAAGCUCAGCCUGCGUGGCUCCGUGGAGAGAGAGCCAAGCAGGGUGGCAGUAGAAACCGGAAAGGAUGUUUAUGCAGACGGCAGUGUCUGAAACGGCAGCUUUGAGACUAAGGGGUCACUGCGUGCAAGAGGGACCCUCACGCUGGCUGUGGUGUGACACGGCGGUCACCUAUGCGCACUGACCCAACUUGACCCGGCCUUGUGAUCUUCAUCUACCCUCUCAGGAGCUCAGCCAACAAGCCUCCUCCUCCUCCUCGCACCAGCCCCGCCUAGCCUGGGGUGGACCUGUGAUGGGUGCCCGGAGAGUUUCCUGCUGAGUUUCAACCCUAGGCUUGUGGGUUCCUCCAUGGACACACGCCUCCUAUAGAGAAGGUUGGGGCAAUGAGAUUCUACUGCCGUGGGAUCUAGGCCCCUGUACCUGAGCUCUUCCCCCACUCCCUACCCCCCCCACCCCAGUCUUCACAGAUUACAAUAUCCCACCAUCAGACAAAUAAAACUCUCCUGUCUUGGCUGUCA